AUGCCGUGCGGGGCUCUCCCAGCAGCGGCGCUGGGGCUGCGGGUCCUGGUUCUGAGCUCGGCGCUGGGCGCGGGGGCGGCCCGGGCUCAGCCGCCCCCCUUCCCUUUCUGGGACCCCUCGCUGCCCUGGCACCGCCGCCUUGACGACCUGCUGGGCCGGCUGAGCCCCGCCGAGCUGGUGCUGCAGGUGGCGAGGGGGGGAGCGAUGGGGAACGGCCCCGCGCCCCCCAUCCCGCGGUUGGGCAUCGCGCCCUACAACUGGAACACGGAGUGUCUGCGGGGUGACGGCGAGGCACCUGGGUGGGCCACGGCUUUCCCGCAGGCCUUGGGGCUUGCUGCCGCUUUCAGCCCUGAGCUCGUCUACCGUGUGGCCAACGCCACGGCCACCGAGGUGAGAGCCAAGCACAACAGCUUUGCUGCUGUUGGCCGCUACAGUGACCACACCGGGCUCAGCUGCUUCAGCCCUGUCCUGAACAUCAUGAGGCACCCACUGUGGGGGAGGAACCAGGAGACCUAUGGGGAGGAUCCGUUUCUGAGUGGGGAGCUGGCCCGCAGCUUUGUGCAGGGGCUGCAGGGCCAGCAUCCCCGUUAUGCCAAGGCCAGCGCUGGCUGCAAACACUUCAGCGUGCACGGAGGCCCUGAGAACAUCCCUGUCUCCAGGCUAAGCUUUGAUGCCAAGGUGCUGGAGCGGGACUGGCGCAUGACCUUCCUGCCCCAGUUCCAGGCAUGUGUGCGUGCUGGCUCCUACAGCUUCAUGUGCAGCUACAACAGGAUCAAUGGCGUUCCUGCUUGUGCCAACAAGAAGCUGCUGACAGACAUCCUGCGUGGCGAGUGGGGCUUUGAUGGGUACGUGGUGAGCGACGAGGGGGCUGUGGAGCUCAUCAUGCUAGGGCACCACUACACACACAGCUUCCUGGAGACGGCGGUUGCCUCGGUGAAUGCUGGCUGCAACCUGGAGCUCUCCUACGGCUUGAGGAACAACGUCUUCAUGCACAUCCCUCAGGCUCUGGCCAUGGGCAACAUCACAUUGCAGAUGCUGCGUGACCGAGUCCGGCCCCUCUUUUACACACGGAUGCGGCUGGGGGAGUUUGAUCCCCCAGCCAUGAACCCCUACAACUCCCUGGACCUGAGUGUAGUGCAGAGCCCCGAGCACCGCAACCUCUCGCUGGAAGCUGCUGUCAAGAGCUUUGUGCUGCUGAAGAACAUGCGGGGCACACUGCCCCUGCAGGCCCAGGACCUGCCUGGCCAGCACCUUGCGGUUGUGGGUCCCUUUGCUGACAAUCCCCAGGUGCUCUUUGGGGACUAUGCACCAGUGCCAGAGCCUCAGUACAUUUACACUCCCCGGAGGGGGCUGGAGAUGCUGGGGGCCAAUGUCAGCUUCACAGCGGGCUGCAGCGAGCCACAGUGCCAGCGGUACUCGCGGGCAGAGCUGCUGAGGGUCGUGGGGGCAGCUGACAUGGUGCUGGUCUGCCUGGGGACAGGGGUAGAUGUGGAGACAGAGGCGAAAGACCGGAGAGACCUGUCCCUGCCGGGACACCAGCUGGAGCUGCUGCAGGAUGCUGUGCAGGCAGCUGCUGGCCGCCCUGUCAUUCUGCUGCUGUUCAACGCGGGGCCCCUGGACGUGAGCUGGGCACAGGCACAUGACGGUGUGGGGGCCAUCCUGGCCUGCUUCUUCCCUGCCCAGGCCACUGGCUUGGCCAUUGCCAGGGUAUUGCUGGGUGAGGCGGGGACAAGCCCGGCUGGCCGGCUGCCAGCCACUUGGCCUGCAGGCAUGCACCAGGUGCCACCAAUGGAGAACUACACCAUGGAGGGACGGACAUACCGGUAUUAUGGACAGGAGGCCCCACUCUACCCUUUUGGGUAUGGGCUGUCCUACACCACCUUCCGCUAUCGGGACCUGGUGCUGAGCCCCCCAGUGCUGCCUGUCUGUGCCAACCUCUCUGUGUCUGUGGUGCUGGAGAACACGGGGCUGCGGGACAGCGAGGAGGUGGUGCAGCUGUACCUGCGCUGGGAGCAGUCAUCUGUGCCAGUGCCCCGCUGGCAGCUGGUGGCUUUCCGCCGUGUGGCAUUGCUGGCCAGCCGGGAGGCCAAGCUGUCCUUCCAGGUGCUGGCUGAGCAGCGCGCAGUCUGGGCACAGGACUGGCACCUGGAGCCCGGCACCUUCACCCUCUUCGCUGGUGGGCAGCAGCCGGGCCAGAAGACACGGGUGCCCUCGGAGGUGCUGAGUGCACGGUUCAGCGUCACUGGCACGGCCCGACCCUUACGUGCAUGUUAGUGGCAUGGCCAGGCAUGGUGGCCACGGGGUGCUGGCAGAGGGAAGAGAUGUGAGGCACCCCGUGUGCUGUGGGCAGCGUGGUGGUUCUCUGCCCUGCAAUAAAGUGCUGGUGCUCCUGGCAGCUGUGUGGGGCCUCCCCUCCAUCCUCCCGGCACAGCACUGACAUUUCCCAGGAGCAGGACCACGCUGCUCUUGUCCUGCUCAGUGCUUUCACCCUCCUCCCAUGGCUCAUGUCCCACCCCGAGGUGCUGCUGCAGGCCCACAUCCUGCCUGUUGUUAAGAAUAACAUGUUGUUACUGUUACUGUUUGUAAACCCCUUACCUUGUACCCCUGUCCCAGGUUUACUUACCUUGUGCCCCUGUCCCAAAUUACUGUACCCCGUGUUUCUUGUUCCUUGUUCAGCCAGGCCCUGCCCCCUCUCCCGAGUUGCUGUACCCUGUGCUUCUUGUUCGUGUUCAGCCAGGCCCUGCCCCCACUGCUCCUAGACUCCCACAUGGCAACAUUGUAUCCCUGCCCCAAGUUGCUGUACCUUGUUCAGUUGGGCCCUGAGGAGGAGGAUGACAUAAGACUUUUAUGCAAACGAGAGAGACCAGAGACUCAUGGGACGCACCCAGACUGGAAAAAACCCUGAAACAAUGAGCCACACAAAAGGAAAGGAAUAAAAGCAGCACCAUCGAACAAGGAAGACCGAGAGGAGUCCCCUGACUGCCGUCCAGAGGCCGACAUAACCUCGAGGGGACUCGACUGGGAUGACACCCUAGACUACGAGGCCAAGAGAAUGGGUCUUUGCGGGGACUCCUGUGAGGAAGGCAGGCCCAGCUGUGCCCGAGUGACAAAACUGCAUGGAUCCUCCUUUUCUGCGGUGUCCAAGUGGGAGCAGUGGCGGUGUGUCCGACCCCUUGGGCCCCCA